AACUGCAAGGGUAGAAGGGUCUGUUUGCCUCGUUGCUUAAUCCCCUCUCAAUUCCGGUAUUUAAACCAGGAGAAAGUCUUCCUCCACCAGGCAAUCUUCACAUUCGGGACAAACAACAGGGGAAAAAAGAGAUAAAGAUGCAGACCCGAAGCGGGCUUUGCUACCCUCGGCCGCCGCCGGCAGCGAAGUCGCUUAAGACAAAGAGGUGUUACGAUGGCGGUGAUGGUGUCGAGCCUCGGAAGAGAGCUUGCACCGCGGACCAGAGAAACGAUUAUUUCAACGGUCUGCCGGCGAGAAGGCAUUCUUCAUAUUCGGACAAACAAGACGGCGAGAAAAUUAGGAAGAUGGACAAAAGAAGUGAGCUUAGACACACUCGGCCACCGCCGGUGGUGAUGUCGCCUAAGAGGGGCUACGAGGGAGAUGGUGGUGAACCUCGGAAGAGAGCUCGAUCGGCGGAGCAGAGAAUCGAUUUUUUCAACGGUUUGCCGGACGACCUCGUCCUCCUGAUCUUCUCAAAGCUCUCCGCUUCUGCUGCCUGCCCUUCUGAUCUCAUCAGCGUCUUCCUUACAUGCCGGAGAUUUAAUCAAUUAGCGAUGCAAAGAAUGGUUCUUUCCAAGCUAUCUGUCAAGGGGACUGCUGUAAGGGCUAAGAACUGGACGGAAUCAACCCAUAAAUUUCUACAACGCUGCGCGGAAGCAGGCAAUUUUGAGGCUAGCUACACUUUAGGCAUGAUCUGUUUCUAUUGUUUGCAAAACAGGGGACUUGGAGCCUCACUGCUAACAAAAGCUGCCAUGGCGUCUCACCCUGAAGCUCUCCACUCCCUCUCUAUCAUUCAAUUCAACGGUAGCGGUGGAUCUAAGGAAGACAAAGAUCUCCGAGCUGGCGUCGCGCUAUGCGCCCGCGCAGCUUACCACGGCCACAUAGACGCGAUUCGCGAGCUCGGACACUGUUUACAGGAUGGCUACGGUGUGCGGCAGAACGUCGCGGAAGGGAGACGGUUCUUACUCCAAGCGAACACCCGAGAGCUCGCUGCUGUGAGGAAAGGUAGAGUACCUGUAUCGUUCUCUCGUUGUUCUCUGCUUAGCGACUUCGGAUGCAACGUACCGACGCCGGAAGCACAUCCGGCGAACCGUUUCAUGGUGGAGUGGUUCGCGGCGAGGGGCGGACCGGCGGCGGCUGAUGAAGGGAAAGAAGGGCUGAGGAUGUGUUCACAUAGCGGUUGUGGCCGGCCGGAGACGCGGCGUCAUGAGUUCCGGCGAUGUUCGGUUUGUGGGGCGGUGAAUUAUUGCUCGCGAGCGUGUCAGGCGAUGCACUGGAAGACGACGCAUAAGGGCGAGUGUGCGCCCAUGGAGAGGUGGCUUGAAGGGCAGGGUGCGGUAGAGGUGGGGCAAGCUGACUUGGUGGUUGCCGGCGAUGCUCCGGCGGCGGCUGAUGUUCCAAUGGAAGUAAAUUUGUAGGAUGGGAGGGUAUAUUUUGUAGGAGACUUUCUGAGGUUUUGUAUUUUUUUUUUUUUUGGUAAUUUAUUUAACAUUU